AUGCCUCGGCAUAAGAACCCAAGAUCCUCAGAUGAUAAAAGUAACCAGGCCCACAGUAGCAACCAUAGCCUGGAGGUUGCAGAGGUCAUUAAGGCAUUGGAAGAGAAUUCCCUCUCAUGCCCUUCUCUAAUUCCUGAAAAGUCAAAAGAGGAUCCUGAAAUUGGUGUGGCCAAUAUUUCUGAGGGAUCUCAGAGUCUCACCCUGGCCACUUUACCAAGCAAAUCAGAUGAGAGCUCCACUAGCCAGGAGGAGGAGCAGAUUUUGAGCACCUCACAGGCGGAGCCAGACCCCAGAAAUGUGCCCAUAGAUGUUCUAGAUGAGAAAGUGGCGAUGAUGGUGGAUUUCAUGCUGCUCAAGUAUAAAGUGAAAGAGCCAAUAACGAAGAAAGAAAUGUUGAAGACGGUCAUCAAAGGAUAUAGAAGCCACUUCACUGCGCUCCUGCUGAGAGCCUCCGAGCGCAUGGAGAUGGUCUUUGGCCUUGAUGUGCAGGAAGUGGAUCCUGUCAACCACCACUAUGCCCUACUCAUCAAAUUGGGCCUCACCUAUGAUGGGAUGAUGAGUGGUGAAGAGGGCGUGCCCAAGACCGGCAUCCUGAUUCUUGUGCUGGGUGUGAUCUUCAUGAAAGGUAACCGGGCCUUUGAAGAAGAUGUCUGGGAAGUUCUGAGUUUAACCGGUGUUUAUCCUGGAGUGAAGCACUUCAUCUUUGGCGAGACAAGGAAGCUCAUCACCAAAGAUUUUGUGAAGGAAAAAUACCUGAUACACCAGCAAGUUGCCAGCAGCCGGUCUGCAAGAUCUGAAUUCCUAUGGGGCCCAAGAGCAUAUGCGGAAACCACCAAGAUGAAAGUUCUGGAGUUUUUGGCUAAGGUUCUUGGGACUGACCCUACUUCUUUCCCAUCUCAGUAUAAGGAAGCCUUGGAGGAUGAAAAAAAGAGAGCCAAGGGCAAUAAUUCAGCCAUGGCUAAGUCUCCUUCCAUGGCCAGUGCCAAGUUUAGCAGCUCCUCCCACACUUAG